AUGAGUUCUUCCGAAGAUGAUAUGCCACUCGCGCGCGCCAAUGGCCGUAUGAAUGGAACGUCAGCCUCUGGCACCACGAAUGCGCAACCCCAGAAUGGCUCCUCGGAGCCAGCAAUCUCGAUUCGAUUUGGCGCCGUCCAAGACAAAGAUGUGGAAAUGGAGGAUGCGGCCACUGGCGCAAGCAAGCGUAAAUCUCGAGCUAGCAUCGAUCAACAGAAGUCCUACGCUGAACCUGAAAGCAGCGAGGAUGAUGAUCGGCCUUUGAGUAAGCGCCGUCGAACUUCCGUGAAGCACGAAGACCCUGAAACCGACGACGACCUCCCCAAAGCCGGUGAAACUGCCAUCGGAGACGAGUCAGACUCCGAUGUCCCCAUCGGGAAAAAGCUUACUGCGCAGAAGAAAAAGAUCCAGCAGAAGGCGACUAAGGAUGCGAACGGCACGACGAAGCCUGCGCCUGCGAAGGAGACCAAGUCGGCUGCCUCCACGAAAAAGGCCAACGGCGUAAAGAAAGAACCUGCCGAUGCCAAGCCCGCUCCCAAGAAGGUGAAGGCUGAGUCAGUAACUCCAAAGAAGGGCAAGAGUCAAGUGAAGGCCGACAGUGAGGAGAUGGAUGCCGACGAAGACGACGAAUACCAUUGGUGGGAAGAUCCUACCAAGGGCGACGGCACAAAGAAGUGGACCACCCUGGAGCACAACGGUGUGGUAUUCCCACCUCCUUACGAACCCCUGCCGGAGAAUGUCAAGAUGAAGUAUAACGGCACCCCCGUAACCCUCCACCCAGAUGCGGAGGAAGUUGCUUCAUUCUUUGGAACAAUGCUGAACUCUGAACAUAACGUGAAAAAUCCCGUCUUCCAAAAAAACUUUUUCAUGGAUUUCAAGGAUAUUCUCAAGAAGACAGGCGGGGCUAAAGAUCCUCAAGGAAACAAAGUUGAGAUUAAGGAGUUCGACAAAUGCGACUUCAGGCCCAUUUUUGAGUACCUCCAAGCUCAGCGUGACGAGAAGAAGGCCCUGCCGGCUGCCGAGAAGAAGCGUCUGAAGGCUGAAAAGGAGGCAGCGGAAGCCCCCUAUCAGUACUGCAUCUGGGACGGCCGCAAACAAAAGGUUGGCAAUUUCCGUGUUGAGCCGCCGUCUCUCUUCCGUGGCCGAGGUGAGCACCCCAAAACCGGCCGGGUCAAGACUCGGGUGCAGCCAGAGCAAAUCACGAUCAAUAUCGGCAAAGAAGCGACCGUUCCUCCGCCGCCGCCUGGCCAUAAUUGGAAGGAGGUGAAGCAUGAUCAGGAGGGCACCUGGCUCGCUAUGUGGCAGGAAAAUAUCAACGGCAACUACAAGUACGUCAUGUUGGCGGCCAAUUCCGAUGUCAAGGGCCAAAGUGACUACAAGAAGUUCGAGAAGGCCCGAGAGCUCAAGAAGUAUAUCGACAAGAUCCGCAAAGACUACAACAAGGCUCUCAAGCAUGAUAUGAUGGUAGAGCGCCAAAAAGCAACAGCUGUUUAUCUAAUUGAUCAGCUGGCACUUCGUGCCGGUAACGAGAAAGGUGAAGAUGAGGCAGAGACGGUUGGCUGCUGCUCACUCAAAUAUGAGAACGUCAGUUUAAAGCCCCCGAACAAGGUUAUCUUUGAUUUCCUUGGUAAGGAUAGUAUUCGUUUCUAUGACGAGGUCGAGGUGGAUCCACAAGUUUUCAAAAAUCUCAAGAUUUUCAAGAAGGCUCCCAAGAAGGAGGGCGAUGAGAUCUUCGAUCGCUUGACGACCUCUGCACUGAACAAGCACCUGCAAAAUUACAUGCCCGGCCUCACUGCAAAGGUUUUCCGUACCUACAACGCGUCAUUUACCAUGAGCAAUCUUCUCAAGGAAAUGAAGGCCACAGGAACCAUUCCUGAGAAGGUCAAGGCUUACAACGAUGCUAAUCGUAAGGUCGCUAUCCUGUGUAACCAUAAACGAACAGUCACUGCUUCUCACGCAAACCAAAUGGAGAAGAUGAGUGAGCGGAUCAAAGGACUUCGGUACCAAAAGUGGCGUCUCAAGCAGCAGAUGCUUGCAUUGGAGCCAAACCUCAAGAAGAAGAAGGGCGCCUCUUUUUUUGCGCUUGAUGAGGAUCUCACUCCAGAGUGGCUCCAGGAACACCAAGCAUUCCUCAUCGAGGAGCAAACCGCAAAGAUCAAGAAGAAGUUCGAGAAAGACAACGAGAAGCGUGUGUCCGAUGGCGAGAAACCGAUGAAAGACUCAGAACUCACCGAACGACUUGAGGUGGUGAAAGAAAUGGAGAAAAAGUUCAAGCAAGAGAAUAAAACGGGCAAAGUUGAACCCGAGGGAAGGGCUCCUACCGUGGAAAAACUUGAAGCAAACAUUGAGAAACUCGACCAGCGCAUUGCCACCAUGUCUGUCCAAGCGCAGGACAAGGAGGACAACAAGGAGGUAGCGCUUGGCACCUCCAAAAUUAACUACAUUGAUCCUCGACUCAGUGUGGUCUUCAGCAAGAAGUUCAAUGUGCCUAUUGAGAAGUUCUUCUCUAAGGCACUUCGUGAGAAGUUCGAAUGGGCCAUCAAGUCUGUUGAUGAGGACUGGGAGUUCUGA